AUGGCAAUGCACGACACCAGUCCCAAUCUAAACAGCACCGGUAGCCAGAAGGACAAGACGCCUGCUGUACCCCCUCAGGAUGUAUUCAGUUACGAAGCGGCUGAGGUCAGCUUUGUUGGUGUCUCCUGGCAGGGAGCAGCUAUCCUGAUCACAAAAUUCCAAAUAGGCCUUGGUGUUCUCAGUCUUCCAUCCACUUUUCAUGUUUUGGGAUUCUUCCCUGGUCUUCUCUGCUUUGUGGUCCUUGCGCUGAUGACUGGGAUUUCUGGCUAUGUGUGUGGGAAUGCCAGACUAUACUAUCCGCAACUGCAUAACAUCGGCGAUGCAGCAGAGCUUCUCUUCGGUCGAGGUGCUCGAGAACUCAUUGGUGUUAUAUACUAUGUAUACCUGGCUUUGGUCUCUGGAGCUGCUAUGCUCACCACCUCUGUUGCGCUCAACACUCUGUCCGACCAUGGAUUCUGCACCACGGGCUUCGUCGGCUUCAUAUGCGCGGUAGCCUUCCUGAUGGGAACGGGAUUCAGGUCAUUGGAAAAGGUCUCUUGGCUAGGCUGGGUAGGAGUGACAGGGAUCAUCCUAUCUGUCUGGACGGUUGCCAUCGCUUGCCUCGUCCAGGACAGACCAACCGCAGCGCCAUCCGCCGGUCCCGUUGACCUCGAUAUCCGAGCUCUCCCCAAUACAACUUUCCCACAAGCCAUGUCAGCCAUCUCAAAUCAACUCUUCGCUGUGGGCGCGUCGGGGACCUUUUUCUCCAUAUCGGCAGAAAUGAAGCAGCCCGAACUGUUCACUCGUUCUCUCAUCUGUGGACAAUCUUUCAUCAUUAUCACCGACAUCAUUAUUGCCUCUAUUGUGUACGGCAAAGUUGGACAGUACCUGGCAAGCCCAGCACUUGGAUCAGCAGGACUUCUUAUUAAGAAAAUAUCCUACGGCAUUGCAUUACCUGGCCUCAUCGUUACUGCCGUCCUGUACAGCCACAUUGCUGGUAAAUAUUGCUUUGUCAGAAUUCUCCGGGGUACCCCUGAUCUGCAGUCAAACACUGUUAAACACUGGACCGUGUGGAUUGGAUCUAUGCUUCUAACCGCCACUCUGGGGUUCAUCAUGGUAGGAGUUGUGCCCUUUUUUGACGACUUCCUGAGCCUGGUCGGAGCGCUUCUGAAUCCUGUUCUGACGAAUAUUAUUCCCGGCCUUAUGAUCUUGUUUUAUGUAGCUGAAAGACCUACUAAAUACAACUCAGGCAUACCGCGCGAUACUGUAGCAGCGGCUAUGGAUGCGAGACAUUGGCUACUCCGCGCAUUGGAUGGUUUUCGACGUGGUUGGAAGACUAGCGUGGUGAUCGCUAUGGCUGCCUUCAUCAUUCUUACCGGAGCUAUUAUAAUUGUUGCAGGUACUUAUGCGACAGUGGUUAAUAUUCAGGUAUCCUAUGCUGCCGGCGACGUCUCCACCGUUUUUACGUGUGCGGAUGAUAGCUGA